CGCACAUUAAUUAUUUACCAGUUCAGUCGGUUCAGUCGCUAUCUGUCACAAACUACUAUCUACGUCAUCUCCAGAUGUUUGUCGAUCGGAUUUUCGCAAACAUCUCGCAGUUAAUAAUCAUUAUUGCAUUCGCGAUAUACGUCGACAGCAUUGAGAGCAAUACGUAACGAAGAGACGACGUUUCUCUCGUCGAUUAAAACGACGUGUCGAACGAGUUCACUCGAAGGGACGAUUUAACGAACGCGACGUAAUUUUUUUUUCUUUAGAUCACGCGUUUUCUCUUAGAAUCGUCGGAUUGCAUUGUCAUGAAGCAUCGUUCGUCGUUUCUGAGAAAGGAGCAGCGUCUACUUCGAAACAUCGUUUUGUGUUGACAAACAAAGUUUUUCGACGAGAUAACCUCUCAGCUGACGAAUUUUUAUUGCUACAUCUAUCUUGAGUAAGAUGUCAUUGAUUGAGGGAGUUGGUGAUGAAGUCACAGACUUUUUCAUUGUCAUGAGUAUACUGCUGGUUGGAUGGCUUGCUUGGUGUUCGACAAAUAUAGCGGAUCAGCCACUGAUACGCACUGUACUUAUAUUGCGUGACCGGACGCCGACGCGUAUCGCGACGAUAAGAGCAAAUCAUCAAAACACAAGCAGUCUUGGCCCCCAGGAUGUUGGUCGGCCUCCGAAUUUAGAAACAACAGAAGAUGAAACGACUGAGACAACUUCGGAUAAUAAUGAUAGUAUGCAAUCAAACUGUCCAAAUGCAUCUGUCAUGGAUAUUAGUGAAACUUCUCGAGAAGUCGCUAGACCGAUGGAGUCUACGGCAACAGAAGAGGUACUUAUCGAAGCCAUGGAUUCAUUCAAUAACGAUGACCCAUCACUGCUACAAAGAUCUGCUAAGGCAGAUAAUUCUGAUACAAAUACAUUAGACCAAACCACUUGCAGUGGUUCGUCAGAAUGUACAACAGAAGACUCGACUCUAAGCGAUAGUAAUGAAAUCACCAUAAAAUUGAAAUUCAUAAAUGAUGAUCAGAAAUUAGUCACUGGCAGUCUUAAAGAAAUGCUAGGUGAUUUUAAAAGGAGGCAUUUUCAAAUGGAAUUGGAAGCGCAUAAAUCAGUGCGAUUAGUAUUCAAUGGCCGCGUGUUGCAGCCCGACACUCAAACUCUUGAGCAAUGCGGCUUAUUCAACGAUUGCGUGGUCCAUUGCUGGGUGCAUCAACCACGACCGACUACUGUACCAUCGUCUCAGACGUCUACAUUAGAUAACUCGUCGUCCAUCUAUUUUAAUUCUCAACCGUUCUCGGAUCUGCCCACCGGCACGGGUCUCAGUUCGGUGCACAACGAAUGGGAUCUAAGUCGUCUCUUAGUAAGCAUUCUGACGAUUGUCUUAGGUCUCGCGUGGUACUCGCGGUACCAUUACGCUCAACUCUUUACUGCGACAACCACGCUUGCACUUUACGCGCUAACAGCUAUCUUUACUGUCUCCCUAUUUAGUAAUUUCUUUCCCGAUCAAGAUAACAUUCGAAACGUUGAAUAAAACGGCGAUCAUUACGUUGUGUAUGUUAAUGAAAGCACUUUAAAAUGGUUUAACAUAUAUUACAUAUGCACUUGGUUUAACGAGAUUACUAUUUGAUUAAUCAAAUAGCAAUCUUAGUCGCUGAGCAUUUGCUUUUAGCGUAACAUUUUCGAAAUCAGAUUUAUCGUUAACAAAGACGAAUUUGCUCUAUCAUUUGAUUUUUACCACUUUUAUAGGUGUUGAUAAUGUAAUCUUGAUUUGUAUCUCCAUAAAUGGUUUAAUUAAAAAGAGAUUGCAGAAUAUAAUAUAACGUGCAAUGCACAUUUCUAUUUGAGAUAAAUUUCUUUCAGAUUAUAUUUAAACUGGUUACAAAAAUAAUUACGCAUUCUAUAUAGAAGUAUAGGAGGCGCUAAAUUAUCGCGUAAAAAUUAAUGACAUUUUUUUGUGGAAAAUUUCCAAUAUAAUAAGUGUAUAUUAUAUAUACAAGUAUUUUCCACAAAAAAUAUUACUUGUUUGUAUUAUAUUUUUCCAAUAAUUAGAAAAAUAUCUUGCAUAAUGUAAGUUAUGCAAGUCAUUUUUCUUUGCUAAAUAUAAUUCUGAAAAGAUAAUUUACUAUUCAGUAAGAAAACAUAAGCAUUAAAUAUUGACAAAUCAUUAAUUUAUUUAUUUCAAUCUUAAUUAUGAUUUUAAUUAACUUUAAAUAUAAAAGGAACGAAUAUUAUAUAUAAAAAUAUACAUUCUAAAAAUAUAUUUAUUUAUAUAGUUAAUUAUUUUCUUCGAUCUUUUUGUAGUGCGUUGUAUUGUUGGUGCUAUGUGAAUGACAAUUAGCAUCAAGUAUAUAUCAUAAAUGUUUUUAUAUUCGCGGAGUUUAAUGAAAUUAUUUUACAUAUUCAAGUAUUGUGUGGAUAUCAUUAAAUAGUUAUGUAUAAUAAUGCGUAAGAUUGCAGUUACCACUAAAAAUUAUUUGAGUUCUACAUGGAUAAUAAAUUUGGAAAAAAGGAUAUUGCAUUACCUAUGGUCUACAUCAAAGUAUUGCAAGCUAGAAGUAUGCAAUAUUUUCUUAUGUUGUACAAUUCUUAUGUGAGAAAGGAUGCAUCAAUAAAAUCAGCCUUUUCUAAGAAAACUGAAUGGAUAUUUAUGGCAAACGGUUAAAAUCUCGAAUAUGAUAUAACAAGAAGAUGGGUGAAAUAUACUAUUAUCUCUGUUACUUACUGUAUCAUAUAAUUUGUUAAAAUUAAAUUAAUAAUUAUAUAUUAUGAUUGUUUUAAAAUGCCAAUAAAUGUAUCUAUUCAUUUGAUACUUUUAUCUUA